AUGGUUGGGGAUCUUCAUGGAGACCUUGGCCAAACAAGAUGUGCACUUGAGACGGCUGGUGUGUUGAGUCCUGAUGGUGAAGACGUAUGGACUGGUGGAGAAACGCUUGGAGAUAUACUUGAUCGAGGUGAAGAUGAAAUAGCGAUUUUGUCGUUGCUGAGAUCCUUGGAUAUACAGGCAAAAGCUGAAAGCGGAGCAGUUUUUCAGGUCAAUGGGAAUCACCAGACUAUCAAUAUGGAAGGGGAAUUCCGAUUCAGGGAUGCUGGAGGAUUUGAUGAGUGUCUUGAUUUCCUGGACUACUUGGAUGACAACCGAGAUGACUGGGAAGAAGCUUUUGUUGGCUGGGUUGGUGUCUCUAAAAGGAUGAAGGAAGAGAGGAAAAUGCCCCAAAAUUAUUGGGAUCCAUGCAAUCUAGUGAGGAAGCAAAAAGGUGUGAUUGCCAGAUCAAUCCUUCUAAGGCCAGGAGGUCCACUGGCAUGCGAGUUAGCACGUCAUGCUGUUGUUCUUAAGGUUAAUGACUGGGUCUUCUGUCACGGUGGUCUUGUUCCUCAACAUGUUGCAUACGGAGUGGAGAGGAUGAACAGGGAAGUAUCUGACUGGAUGAGAGGCCUUGUUGAGAGUGAUGACAACCCACACUUCCCUUUCAUCGCCACCAGGGGAUAUGACAGUGUAGUUUGGAACCGCUUGUACUCGAGAGAUACAUCAGAUUUAGAUGACCAUCAGAUUAACCAGAUAAAUUAUGUUCUUCAACAGACGCUACAAGCAGUUGGCGCCAAGGGAAUGGUUGUGGGGCAUACUCCUCAACCUACGGGAGCAAACUGUGAGUACGAUCGUAGCAUAUGGCGGAUUGAUGUUGGGAUGUCCAGCGGAGUUCUUAAUUCAAGACCCCAGUUUGGGUCCAGGAAGAAAAAGUGA